AUGAACUCUAAAUAAAAAUUGAAUAGACAAACCAAAGUGUAAUUCUUUUGUACAUAAAUUGAAGAGAGAAGAGAACGAUUAAAUAUUAAGAAAAUAAAACCAUCUUAUCAUAUGACUUAGAAAUAAAUGAGUUAAAGAUUGAUGAGAACUAGUAGAUUGGAAAUUACAUAAAAUAAAUUUGGAAAUACUAGUUGUUGUUGUUCUGAUUGUGGAAAAGACUCCUAAUUUAAAUAAAGAAUAUUCAAGAUCUAUCCAUUUAAUGGAACAUCAUAUUCAUAUUAAGAAUCUAUAAAAUAAAACCAAAUUUUAGAUCGUUAUAGAAAUUCCAAAUAUAUCAAAAUCUUUAGAAAACUUGUUUAUUGUCUACUCUUUAUUAUUAGAUAUAGGAUUGUAUAGAAUAUUAGAUUUAGAUAAAGAUAAAGAAUGAAAAAAGUGUUGAAAACUAGAAUUGAAUAACCAAGAAUGACCUUUCUUAACGUUUUAGACUUUGCUAAGAAAUAAUUGAAUCCAAAAUUUAAAUCAGCUUCUAAUUUUGAUUUUGCUAUUAGUUAGAAUGUUACAGCUCUAAAUUCACCAUAAGAUUCUGAUGAAGAAUUCUAUCAUUUGAAACCUAAGAAAUCUUUAGUUCAUAAAUUAUCAACUGAAGAACAUAUGGUACAUAAAAAAUUGUCAAAAUCAUAAUAAAAAGUUUAUUUAAUUACUGGAUUAAAUUCAGUUUUGAAUUAAUAUGUAACUUCAAAGUUAAACAAACCAACUAUUAAAUGCAAUAAUUAAUAAUCAAUCUGUAUGCCACCAUUACUGUCCUUAAUUGUAUCUCCAAGAUAAAAUCAAUCCACCCAUUUACCUCAUAUAAGAAUUAGACAUAAUAUUUGA